AUGUUCAAAAAGCGUAAUAUCAAUAAAUCUACAAGAAGGGAAAAAUCAAUAGAAGAAUCGAACAACGUAGAUAACGACGAUGAUAGUACGAUAUCUGAUACGAUAGAGGAAAAGCAUCUGAUAAGGAAACUUAAGCGACAAGCUGCAGGUAUAGACUCUGAAAAAUUAGUACAGACUACUUCAAACUCCAAGAAACCAAAACUAGACAACUCACAAUCUAAAGAAGCUCACGGCUGGUCAGCCAGCAGCGGUGGGAUCGUAGACAACACUGAGAAACUCAAAGAAGCUUCAAAUCCACAAGAUAAGCUCGUCAAAACUAGCAACUUUACUGGUCAGUCAGCCACAAUCGACGUUGAUAAGCAUAUGAUGUCAUACAUUGAAGAACAAAUGCUCAAAAAACAUCAACAGCAGGGUCUUCCAACUGAUAAUCUCAACUUGGGCAUCACUAAUGAGCGUAUUAAUAAUCCACAAGAUGAGUUAUAUGAUAUAGCACAAAAGUACACCUAUAAGUCGCGCAAUUUGGAUGACGGCAGUAUCACAAACUCUGAAAGUAUGCUUACAAAGAUCCCGGAAGUGGAUCUAGGUGUAGAAGCAAAAUUGAGGAAUAUUCAAGAAACAGAGAAAGCUAAACAAAGGAUGAGAGACCUCGAGAAACAUACAUCAAGAAAACCAGCCAACACGGAUCCCGAUUAUACACAAACUAGAUUUAUGCAACCCUCACUGGCUAGAUCACGUAUAGACACCACUUCCCUUGAACCACUCAAACAAGAAGACGCUGUGAAUGACUAUAGACAACAAGGAAAAGCAUCCGAUAAAGACCAUUACACGCGUUUCAGGAGUGCAAUGAGCAAGAAGUGAAAAUUUAACAAUUUGUAAACUAUUGUAAACUAAGGGGUAUUUAUAUGUACUUUA